GCUUUAGUAUUUGCUUUGGUCCACAAAAGCAUUUUCAAGAAGUUGGUCAAGUAUGGCUUUAGCAGAUAAGAGACUUGAGAACCUGCAAAUCUACAAAUGUCUUCAGUGUGUUCGGAACAAAGACAAGAAGCAGAUAGAGAAGCUGACCAGACUUGGUUACCCUGAACUAAUCAAUUUCACAGAUCCUAUUGAUGGACAGAGUGCUCUGCACUUAGCCUCGGUCUCCAAUGACACUGACAUGGUCAGCUUUCUCCUUAGCCUUGGGGCCCACCCUGAUGUGAAAGACCGAAUGGGCUGUACUCCGGCAAUGAGGGCUGCAGAACUGGGCCAUGAAAUGUCCCUGGAAAUAUUAGCCAAGGCAAAGGCGGAUAUGACUCUAGUUGACAAUGAAGGAAAAGGUAUUUUGUUUUACUGCAUUUUACCUACUAAGAGGCAUUAUCGCUGUGCAUUGAUUGCCCUGGAACAUGGCGCAGACGUCAACAAUACUAGCUAUGAUGGAAAACCGGUGUUCCUUAAAGCUUGUGAAGCAGCACAUGAUAUUAAAGAAAUGUGCCUGACACUUUUGGAAAAAGAAGCCAAUCCAAAUGCUAUCAACACAUCCACAGGUCGCACGGCUUUAAUGGAAUCGGCAAGAGAAGGAGUGGUAGAACUGGUUCGAGGGAUAUUGGAAAGAGGAGGUGAAGUGAAUGCAUUUGAUAACGAGAGACAUCAGGCUGCACAUUUUGCUGCCAAAGGAGGCUUUUUUGAUAUAUUGAAACUUCUUUAUGCCUACAAUGGAGAUUUGGGACUAAUUGGAAUGAAUGGGAACACACCACUUCAUUAUGCUGCCAUGGGUGGUUUUGCAGAUUGCUGUAAAUAUAUAGCUCAGCGAGGAUGUGACCUGAAAUGGAAGAAUUUAGAACAUAAAACAGCCAGGGCUGUGGCUAAGGAAAGCGGCUUCAAAGCAGCAAGCAAAGAAAUACGGCGGGCAGAGAGAACGGCUAAUAAAAUGGCCAAGCCAGGAGUCAAAAAUCCGAAUCCACUCUGGGCCCUUCGGCUUCAUGAUUGGUCAGUAGAAAAUGAGGCUAUACUUCGGGAAGCCUUUUCGUUUGUGGACAAGGGCGAUGGGACAGUCAGCAAGGAAGAUUUUGUGUUAGUGCUAGAGGAGAGGCAGGACUUCGUACCCUCCGAUCAGCUGACCUACAUCGCUCAACUUAGUGAAAAAGUCCGGGGAGCAGGGGUCAACAUUAACGAUUUUUUUAAGGGAACCCGAUAUUUAAGCAAGACUUAUGUCUUGGGAUCCUAUGGGCCUAAGAAAAAGAAAAAAGGAAUAGCCAAAAAGGGGAAGAAAGGCAAGUUCGUUUUACCCCUCCCGGUCUGCGUCAUCCCUGACAAUGCAUUUCCACGCCGGAGUGAUGGUGGGCCACCAUAUUACAUGAUUGAAACCUACAAGAAUGUCACGGAUUGCAAUCGGUUUAAUCGGGAUCAUCCACCAGAACAUCCCAUUCAGGACGACUCUGCUUGGUACAUUGACGAUUCAGGGAAGAUAUUUUCAAAUAUUAACUUUCUCACCAAGGCAGGAGACCUAGCUUCUCUGAAAAAGGCGUUUGAAUCAGGCAUACCGGUGGAUAUGAAGGAUACUUAUUACAAAACACCACUAAUGACUGCUUGUGCAAGUGGAAACAUAGAAGUGGUCAAGUUUCUUCUUGAAAAAGGGGCUAAUGUUAAUGCAACAGAUAAUUUUCUGUGGACUCCACUUCACUUUGCGUGCCAUGCAGGCCAACAAGACAUUGUUGAACUUCUUGUUCAAUCUGGAGCCACGAUAGAUGCACUUUCAAUCAACAACUCAACUCCUUUAUUUAGAGCCAUUGAGAGCUGUAGACUGGAUACUGUCAAAUACCUACUUGAUAUUGGUGCUAAAUUCCAGCUGGAAAAUAGAAAAGGGCACACUCCCAUGGAUGUUGCAAAGGCAUAUGCUGACUCUAGAAUAAUUGGUUUGAUUAAAGAAAAGCUAGAUAACUUGCCAAAACCAACAGAAAGCCAAAAACUUGUGAAACCCAAGCCAUCUAUUAAAGUGAAAACUGAAGUUUCUGAAAUUAAGAAAGAAGAGGGACCACUUUCAUCAAUUUAUACUGUACCAAUCAUAUUGGAGGAAAAGAAAAUACGUAAGGAUAAUGUGGUUCAUCUCAAUUCAUUGAUUACCAGUGGUUACACCAAGAAAGUGAAUAUCACAUUUACUCCACGGAGGACAUGGAGUCCUGAAGCCACAACAGCAGAGCUGAUCAGGAAGAGGGAGCUGCAGAGGGAGAGGUUCACUUAUGAGGUGGACUUUGAAGACUUCAUGAUGCCCUUUCAGAAGAACAUUACAGAGAAAGCUCGCGCAUUGGAAGCUGUUUUCAAGAACUAAAUCACAGAGGUUUCGUCUUGGGUUAAACAUUUCAAGGCCCAGGGACCAAACUUUGGAGAAGGUAGAUAUUUCCAUCAAAACAAUCCACAAAUUAAGUAUUUGUAACCAAACAUUUGUUUUUGCUUUAACAACUAUAAAUAUUCUGAGCUGUCUAGA